CCCUUCCGAUGCAGUAGAACUAGCCUCCGCUUCUGAAGUUCACCAACUGUUGCAGGGAGCGAGUGGCGAUGGACUUGAGCGCAUGUGAACGCCGAGAUGUCCUGGCUGCUGUGGUGGGCAGCAAGCGCGGGCUGGACGCAGAGGCGGCAGAGGCGGCAGAGGCGGCAGCAGCACCGCGAGCGGAGGGCGCUGCUCCGCCGCGGUCCGCUGACACCGGCGACGGCAGGCCUGCGCCCAAGCGCCACCGAAUCGUCCAGCUCGGAGCACCCGCUGCUGGGCUUGUGAGCGGCGGCGACGACGACAGGCAUGCGGCGGGAGCACCUGCUCCUGCUGCUGCAGGCGGCAGCGGCCGCACAGCUGCUACUGCGGACGCACAGCAACAGCAGCAGCAGCAGCAGGUUCACGACGGCGGCGGCGGCGGUGGCCACGGGGCCGCCGCCAGUAUGGACGGUGCCGCCAGUGCUUCAGCAGUUGGGGCUCGCCUCGACCCACGGGGCGCAGCGGCGGACGCCGCAGCAACCGCCGGCCUGCUGACGCCGUCGCCGGAAGCUGCUGCUGCUUGCUGCAGCCGUGUUGGCAUGAAUGGUGGCAGCCCCGCGGUGGCAGCGGCUAAAGCGGCGCCGCCGCCAGCAACGGCUGCCGUGGCACACGGGGGUGCAGGGGGUGUGGGUGCGGCGGGCACGGCAGGUAAGGCAGGCAAGGCGGGCAUCGGGAUUGGCAGCAGCAGGCCACAACCCACAGGGCUGCGGCGCGCCGGCGCGCAGGCUGCGGCCAUGGGGGCGCGGCUGCGCGGCGAGCAGCGCAAAGCAGCCGAGGGCGUGUCCGCGCUGGCGGCCCGGCUGGCAGAGCAGGCGCAGGAGAGGCAGCACCAGCACCAGCAGAAGCAGGCGGCCAAGGGCGGCCGAAGCGGCGCCGCUGACGGGGCUGGGCGUGCCAGCAGCGAGGACGACGAGGAGGAAGCGGACUCUGAUGCGGCAGUGCCGCCGCUUGCACUGCGCGUGAUCGGCCGUGCCGGUCUCAUGGGAGCGGCAGCGAGAGGAGCGGGAGCGGGAGGAGCGGGAGCGAGAGGCAGCAGCAGCCCAAGGCCCACCGUUGCAUUGUCAGCAGCGGCGGCACCAGCAGCAGCAGCAGCAGAGCCUGGGGAGGACAUGGACGAAUCAUGCCCGCCAUUUGUGGCGCCGUCCGAAGCCGCCAUUCAAAGCCUCGGCGGCCGCUUUGCCCGCGCGGCCGCGGCCGCCGCGUGUGUACCGGCGGCUGCCAGCGGCGCAGCCGAGGAGCCGCCGCCGCCGCCGCCGUUGGUACUUCGGCAGACAAAGGCGCCUGCCGCCAGAGGAACUGGUGCAACGUCCACUGCGAUGGGUGGUAACGGUAAUGGCGACGGCUCUAAGCGGCUCCAUGCACCACCGCGCGGCCACACGGCGGCGGCGAAUUAUAGCGGCAGCAGUGACGCGGUUGCUGGGCUGGCUGCUGUGCCCGGCGGUGGCGGUGGCGGCGGUGGCGGCGGUGGCAGCGGCGGUGCCAUCAGGAGCCGGCAGCCUGUGGGUCGACGGAGUCGUGAUUGGCCCGCCGCGGCUGCGGCCGGCAGCAACGCGGCUGCGGGCGGCGCGAUGCGUGGUGGCACGGCGGGUGGCAGCCCGGGGCGUGGCGGCCCGGGGCGUGGCGGAACGGCUGUGCGCGGCGGCAAGGCGGCAGGCGGCAGUGCGGUGGGUGGCAGCGCGGCCGGCAAUGGCGGAGCUGGCGGCGGCGUGGCUAGGGGCCGCGGCGGCGCCUGGGACUACAACAAGCACAACAGCUUGAAGGUCACCAAAUCAAUGUGUGAUAAGAAGGCUCUCGUACUGCCAGCGGGCACGCGGAACGCGCCCCACGGCGUAUUCGCGGACCUCUUCAAUGGGAUCACAGCCGGGGCCGGGGCCUGCGGGCCGCUGCCUGACCAGAUCGAGCUAGUGCCGGCGCCAUGGGCGGGCCUGUCGCCUGGCACGGUGUGGACGGCGAAACCAACCAAGGCACUGUACAGCGGCAACAGCGUACGGCUGAGGGAGGGCGACCGUGUGUACUUCCAGCGCAACCCGGCCGCGGCGGCAGGCAGGUUCAGCUAUUUCGUCUGGGUGGUGAAGGGCAAGAAGGCCGAGGGAGGGGCCGCUAUGGCGGCCCCUACCGUGGCUGCUGGCGCGGCAGCUGCUGCUGCUGCUAGGGUUGUGCCCGCGGCCACAGCAGCACGGGCAGCUGCUGGCGGCGCGGCGGCUGGCGGUGGCGUGGCUGGAGCUCAAGCUCACCAGCGCCUGCACCCGCAGCCGCCACAGCAGCAGCAGGGCCAGCCGCAGCCGCCGCCGCCGGCGAAGCAGCUGCUGCCCCUCAGCCGAGCCCUCGAUCCGCACCGCCUCCUGCCGCCAGACUGGACCAGCCUGCCGCCGCAGCAGCGGGGGGAGUGGCGCCGGCUCGGCCUCAGCCUUCACGGGGCCAUUGCGGCGAUUGCGAGGGACCACGGGGGCGCCUGGGAGGGCACCAAGCAGCUUAGCCGCGUGCCGGAGUACGCGUCAGGCAUUGCGGACAAGCACGACGCGGUGCUGCCGGCUGCUGCGCUGCCGCCGCUGCGUCAGCUGCGGCGGGUCUGGGACGAGGCGCAGCAGCGCCCGGUGGUGGAAGCUGGGGAGCGAGUCAACAAGGGCCGCGUGGUUGCGGUGAUGCCCGGGUACGUGAUGCCAGCGGGCGUCGCGGAGGAGUUCGUCGAGUGCGGCUACAAGGAGGGCAGUGAGGAGAUGAGGGCGAAGCUCAGCGAGCGGGCGCUCCGCAUGUGCGCCGAGCGCGAGCGUGUGCGUGCGGCGUCUUCCAUUUUGGGCCGUGCGUGGCGGCAGCUUGCCACACACACGCUGUCGGACUACCCGGCCCUUGGCCCGACCGCGGCCGCUGGUACGCCUGCUGCAGGAGCCGCGGGCGGGGGGCCAGCGGGGGCGGCGGCUGCCGCGGCAGCUGGCGGAGCUGGUGGUGAGGAUGGCGGCAGCGGCUGGCAGCUGUCGAGCCUGGGCUAUGGCGGCCUGGCAUCGCUGGUUGCCGACCCCCGCGUGCACGACAGCACGGACCCGACGUCGAAGGAAUGGCAGGCGGCGGACGCCGCCGCGAAGCAGGGCGCCAACUGCGCGGUGGUCUACGUCCGCAUCCGCGGCCUGCCGCACCCCGUGCUCGUCGCCGCGCGGGACAUUGAGUCGGGCGAGAGGCUCGCCACCUACAAGGAGCCAGCCUGGUGGACAACACAGGCAGUGGAGUUUGCCCUGGCGACGCGCUCCAUGUACAAUCUGAGGUUGCACGGGCUGAUGUGCGAUUGAGUGGGAUAAAAGCUGCAUCGACCCUGCGCCGUCUGUGGAACGCAGGUGCACGAUGCUGCCGGCGUGCCAAGCUGCUGUUUCCGUGCCGAUACGGUCCCUGCUUGUGAAUGUCCCGUGUUGGAUUUGGCCGGGGGCCGUCUGCUGCCGGAGAGGCUACACUGAUUGGCCCAACCGUUGCCACAAUAUUGUCGAUGCUUGGCUACCCCCUUUGUUGCAUUUGGGCCGGGCCCCGGGGCCGUUGCUGCCGUCUCGUUGACCGAAAAGUUGUCAUUGCAUGUGUGCGUGUUUGGCGGGCUGUGGGCAGCAACAGAAGAACGGGCUGUGGAGGGCAGCAGAGUCGGAGCUUUUGUGGAAUGUUGCAAGUGCCGUCAAGACUGAUUGGCUGAGGUUUGGCUCUGUAUCGCUCCGGCUGAAUUCUCCCUGCCGCCUAUAUCUAUACAAUAAAAAGUAGCACAUACUAAUACGUGGCAGGGGCGCCCCUGACGGCAGGGGCACCCCUGAUAGCGGGCGGUGCCCGCACCAACCGCCCCCGGCUACCGUAUGCCCGGGAGAUACAUGACAACCUUGCCAUAGUCUCACUGCCGUACGGAGGCACGCCUGCAAAUAGCAUGUCUGGUAAAGCGUCUCUGUCUCUGUUUUUGAGGUCGUCAGGGAGCCACAGCUCUUGAGGCCUGGCACGCACACUGCGCAGUCAGCACUGAGCAGUCAGGCAUGACAGGUAGGCGGUCUUGCGUGCAUGCGGCCUUUGGGUCAUGUGGUUGUUGCUUGGUGUGCCGUGUGAGGGGCGGUAACAGGGGCAAUUGGGCAAAGGGUUUGGGCAACUAAUAUGCAUGUGGUCUCUUACUUUAUCCAUGAGGUGACGCAAUGGCGGCCACAAUGCACGGUCAAUCUACGCAGCGAGUGUACGGCAAAGUACCUUAAUCUGCGUAGUU